UAUAAAGAGGGAACACACGCAUGCACAGAGACGCCCGCACACAUUAGCGCGAAACUCGAUUCGUUUGUCUCCUCCUGAUAAAAGCAAAAAGAAACAGCCAAGAUGAGACUGUACCUCGCAGUUGCCGUGCUGAUGCUGGCUUUUGUCGCAUACACAGAGGCUCAGGAUGACACCAUUGAGGAAAGGUUCAGCGCAUUCACCGAUCGGGUGGCUGAAAUGAGCAGAAAUCUGGCCGAGAAGGCCAAGGCAAACAUGCAGGAGUUCCAGAGCAGCGAGUUUGCAACCAAAGCCAAGAACUGGAUUACUGAGCGGGUUGAGGCUGUGAAGAACAGCUUUAACUAAAGAACUCAGAUGUUUCAUGUCUGCGCACAUGAACUGACUCUGUGAAGUGAAAUGCCACAAAAACACACAACGAAUAAUAAUUUUUUUAUUUUCUUCUGUUGAAAUUCUGUGUUACACUGAAUAUUUAUCAUGUCAAGAUAAUAAGACGUGUUGUGUACAAGGCUGUUUAAUGUUUGACAAGAAAUAAAUGAACAUUGCUGGUCUUAAA